GGGACUUAGAUUGACAUCUUACGCUUCAUACUUUGAGUUCAAAUGACUACACUGUUCUUCUAACCGUGUCUCAUGAGAUGGAAUACCUGCGCUCUGUAUGGCUUUAUCCAAAUGUAGAAGAAAUCACAAGUAUUGCUUCCUGUAAUCAAGGCUUGCGUGCCUCCGCAGAUGGUAAAAGACAAGGCUUGCGUGAUCCUAAAACAGGCAUCUUUUGGAACUUUGCCGACAAACACCCCAGUCUUGAUCAUCUUGAUCAAAUCAAGUCAGCUCUUGCUAAUGAGGGACAUCGCUGUGAAGUAUCAAUCAAGGCUUAUUGUGAAGGGAAAAAUCGCGUGCGCCCCUGUUUUGAGCAUGGAUCCUUCUCUUUACAAAACAGAGUGUCAAGAGAUGACGGUACAUUUCUGGAGCUUGAUACAAUGCUUGCGGACAUCCUUGUAUGGGCAUUGCACAAUCCUGCACCAUCCAACUUGAUGGUAAUCUCCAAAAUAAUCUCACACGAAACGGAGCUUUUGCGUCUUCUUUGUGAUUUGGAAUCAAAAGGCUACAGUAUUUUCAUUGCCCAUGCUGAAGAAGCAACACCACCAAUGCUCCCUCCUGGAAGCUUGGAGUGGCAUUUGGAUGAACUACUUGCUGGGAGGAAACCUAUCAGCCGAGCCAACUACUCACGGCACAAAAUCAAUAUGAUUCAGAAUGAUAUCUCUCGUUGGAGCCACGAUAAUCAUACAGGAAUUUUCUGGAACGUGGAGGACUACCCAGUUCCUGGUGGUCUACAUCCUAACAUUUUUAUUUGUUGUCUCAUGGAGACUCUUUCCACUGGAAUCAAGUCAGUCAUUGUUUAUGGCAAGAAGAGGAACAUCGCAUUCUAUGAUCACUUAUCAUGUGGUUGUUCCUUUCCCGUCACCUUUGUACCGAGUGGUGAUAAAGAUGAGGGACUAAUAAGAAAGUGAUUAAGGACAUUUUUUUAUGGGCACUGGACAGACCCCAAACAUCAAGAUCAACCGUAGUGGUGAUCACAGAAAGAUUCCCAGACAACAUGUGUGAUGCGCUUGAUCAUGCUUUGAGUUCAAGAAAUUGCAAGCUAGUCUUAGUAGAUCCUCAUCCAGUUUGCUUUGUGAAAUCUGUGUGGCUUUUGCAAAGUUUAUUUGGUGGAGACAACCCUAUUGACCUAAGGGGCGAAAGAAAGCUUCCAAGUAGUGUGUAUAAGUGGAAGAUUACAAGCUGAUUGAAGGGUUUUGUUGUGCUUUGAAAGACUUUGAGUUUGUUUUGCGUUGUCUAUCUCUCUUUCUUUUAAACUGUUUCUAUCUAUGUUCCUUCAUUUGGGGUUUUUAUGCUCUGUCCUUGUGUUACCUCUAUCACUCUUUUGCUUGUUACGUCCUUGUUACUUUUAUCACUCUUUUGCUUCCUCGUCGAUAAGUAACAAUUGGUGUUGGCAGUAUC